AUGUUAAUUGAUGUUCAUAGGUUUUUACUGAUAUCUAUUUUGGCUGCCAAAAGCCGCUGCUUUUUAGAGAGUUGCUUGGAACGCGGGCGCGCCAGACAAUCUUUGGGCUCGUCACGGGAGGAAUAUUGCGUGACGAGUGGUAUUUCUGGUCUGUUUUUCGGUUCCCUACCAAACCUCGAAGAACUUGUUGCUGCAAAAGCUACCAUACAGACGAAUAAGGACGAUGAAAUAAGCACUAUUCAGCCCAUGUGUUGCAGAGAAUUAAUUUUCACAGAACCCAAAAUUCUUGUGUCUCCGUUUCUGGAUGAAAGGAACCAGUUAUUUCUCGUAACACCGAAGGUAACUUAUGAGUCUUCACAAUUUCAAGAGCUACUAGAAAGACUCAAGAUACAGAGCACGGAGCAAGUGGGUCUAACAAAGAGCCUGUUCCAGUUUUGCUUCUCUUUCACGAUGAAACAGAAACUUGCACCUCUGUGGAACAAGGCGGGCGAGUUUCUUGUACAAGGUCGUGAAUUCAUGCUGGAAAAUUCGAAGCUAAAUGCAAUCACUUUGGAAGUCACUAUAACUGACAAGAUAUGCAUUGGAUUGCGAGCUUGUUCCUUGAAGUCGAUCCCUUGCAAGGUAAGAUUUCGGAUACUAUCCUGUAACCAAAUCAGAAACAUAAUUUGGACAUGCGCUAUUGGGCCCUUUAUAUCUCCCCCUGAAAGGAGCAUUUAUUUCGCUAUCGAGCUUAGUUUGAGGGAAAUCUCUUACAUUUUGUACGCGCAAGCGCUCACGUGCCAGCUAAUGACGCGGAAAUCGUGCGCAGUAGGGAUGCGCAAUGCAAUACCAAGGAAUCACCUUAAGAGGCACAGGGCUGAAAACAAAAACAUAUUCUUUGGAUUUCAGCCGGAGCAUUUCACUGCGUCAACAAGAGCACUGGACGAAUUUAAAAGCAACAGCGAUGCUCUGAUAAGUGAUGCCGCUAUUGUUGACGAUUUGUGUUAUGUGUUGCCGAGGUAAGUAAUCUUUUUGGUACCUAAGAUUCUUUUAAACCAAGAGAUCGUACAGGACUUCAUUACAACAUUACUGUUUCAAAUUUUCAGCUUGAAAAAGGGAAGAAUAUUUAGCAUAACCCACCAACUACCAGAAGGCUGUCCGUUCGCAAGUUACGAAGAACUAAGAAAACACUGGAAACUAAUGUACGGAUACAGACUACCAUCUGAAGAAAAGGGAAAAAUAUUUACUUCGUUUCUUAGAGACCUAUCGUGUCGCAUGCCAGCUGUAUGCGGGACACCCCUGGCUUUCACCUCUUCUCCACUCUACCCAACAAGCAGGCUUCAACAGGCUACCCAUGCAAACCACAGUAACUUAACCAGGACUGCGCCUCCUCAAUUCAGCCACUGUAGACCCUUUGCCAUUCAGCGUUCGCAGGACACUACAAGACAGAGAGAAAUUUCUCCUUCAGCGUCCCAGCUGAUAUUGUCUCAAGCAUCUUCUCAAAUACAAUCCCCAAGAGUGGAUAGCAAUGCUGUUAAUCAACCAAGUACUACACCCAUUGCUACACCGUUAUUUCCCCGAUCAUCAACACCUUUUGUGCCUCGUUUCACCAGCAACCGCGUUUUUCGCUCCGAUGGCCCUGAGCGAACAGUAUCUGGCAACAUAGUUAGCUCUUCUGUCUCUGACGCGCAAAUUAUACCCAUGCUCCCGAGGAAACGAGAGCAGAGUCAUGUCAGACAACCAGUAACAGAUAAAAACAGCGGACAAACGGUAACUCUCACAAGAGGAGUUGCACCAAAAGUGACAACGUCUGUCUCAACAGAGCCUAGGGUUCGUAACACUGUACACUCACAAAAAGCUUCAUCUCCAGUUUUGACCCUAAACUCAUCCCAAACGGUAGAUCGGGAAAAGAUGGAAACUGCAUUUGAAAGGAACAAUGUGCGGCUUGGCCAUACCCUACCUGAAAAACGAAGCUGCCAAACACAAGAAAGCAAUACGAUGGGACGAGGAAUAAAUAGAGAAACAACACAAAACAUGAGGGAAAUUCCUUUAUUAACCUUAAGUCAGGGGCAAAAGGCUCCUACGAGAGUUUUCAGUGAACCAUCAUAUAGCAAGCAUGACAUAACUUCAGCGCGGAGCCCUAGUUCGUCGACGCAAGUGUCAAAGUGUUUACCCCAGACAAGGCCUGGACUUAUAAUAAGACGGCAAGCGCCUAUCAUUCACAAUCCUUCAGCUUCGUUAGCAGGCAACGCAACUCAUGGGCUUCUGGGAGACACUGCCAGUCCAAAUGUUGAGCAACGGGGUCAGCAGGAGGAAAAUCAUUCAUUGCUGAACGGUACCCUUACGAACAGACUUCCCAUGCCAUUAGCAAGUUCUACGGAGCACGUCCGAGGGUUGAACAUCCCCAACCAGUUGUUUGAGCCUUUUGAUUCAACUACUUUGAUUCAAUCAAGGCCUGACUUAGCAAGAAAGAGACAGGUACGUUGUUAUAUACGUAUUUGCUCUGUUUUUAAUCCUUUAACAUCUAAUUUAUCCUUAGAAUAUCGGCAUAUUACUGUCAAGAAGACACGAAACAGAAAGCUAGCAAUAGUGAUCAAUGGCUUCCCAAACGAUGACACACCUCCAAAAAAACCCAGAUCAAAGCCUAAGCUUCAAGAGAACGUUGAUGUAAGAGAGUUGGCCACACAGGAUCAGCUCAGCAAGGUAAACAGCGUAACGUUAGCUGACUGGCUCAAGAAGAGAGGUGUCGCUGUGAAAACUAAAGACAAGAAAGCAGAGCUGGCCAGUAAAGUCAGGCAGUAUCUUGCACUCAUCCAACAUGAACAAUAAUCAUUACCAAGAUGCUAUCAUUAUCCAUCAGCUGGGAAAAAAGUAAGUCAUCCACGAUAUUCCUCUCGGGAUAGAAAUCCGUGUGAUCUGUCCAGACGCAUGAAAGCUCCUACGACAAUGUUUGGAAUUGAAAACUCUUCGCGUAUAUGUACAUACCCACAGGGGCUUACAGUAAAAAACAAACACUUAAUUAAUCCUUAAUAAAGCCAUGUACAAAACGUUAUACUAAAAUUGUGCAUUGCCUGCAUUCUGCCCUCUGGAUUGAUCUACGACGAAGUGCAAGACAAAUGUCGCAACCCACAAGAUUUACACCUCCAUGUUUCAUUAUUAGCAAUUUUAAAACUUAUUCUAACUUGACUUCAACCAUAGGUGCAAUAAAACAGAAGAAAUUGUAUCCAGGUUAGGAGGUGAUUAAAAAUUUCUUUCGUUGUAUUUCCUUUAGCUUAAGAGCCUAGUUUGAAUUGUAACACAUCGAACUUGGCUUAAAUGGAAAAGUUGUCUUCCUAGUUUGAAAUCAGCUAGACUGCUGACAAUCAGUUUUCCUCUCGAAAUUCAGUAGGGGUUUGGAGGCGAGACGUUUUGGCUAAAGGGGAAUGGGACGAGACAUAGGCGCGGCACGCACGAGAAGAAAAACGGUUUUUUCUCGUCUCGCCUUCUUCCGUUAUCGGCCUUGUUGUCCCGCCUUCUUCCCUACUCGGCCACCGCCAUAGCGCCUUUUUGCCUUCGCGAUGACUGCAUACUCAUCCUAGUGACCCUUGGAGAAAAAUCCGGCUGCCAGCAGACUAGAAAUCAGCAGGUUUUACUAGACACGGUCGGGGGAUAAGUACCAGUUGAUGACGACAUAAACUGAGCCCACGCUUCAGUUUGGUCAGUCCUCGAAGUUGCUAGGCAACAUUGCGUCAUGCUGUCAUGACAGGUUUUGAAGUACUCAUCAGUAUUCGUGCUAGUUUGUGACUGGAUACUAAGAAUCGGAAAUAUUUCGGGUGCUGCAACGAAGCUGGAUUUACCGAAAACGAAACUUUUUCCCCCGACUGUAGAACCGUUAGAGUUAUGAGUACACAGUUCAAUGCAGGAUGCAGGAUAUCGACCUUUUGAUGUCUUUUUAUUGAUAUGCCUUUUUACAGACUAAAGGUCUAUAUAUUUGUUGUGUUCUUCCAUUUCCGAGACACUUGCAUUUACAUACACGAAACGUGAUGAAGCUUCGGCAUCACAAUUCACUUAUUCACAAUUGAAAGCAUUUUACUGACGAUCUUCAAGAGACAUGCAGGAGUUACUGUGUUAGCUAUUUUUAUAUUUACAUGACUCAUUCAAUCUUUGAUAACACUGAACUGAAGUAAACUGAAGAUAACAUCUACAAUAAAGAGAUAAUCCUUCAAAGCAGCUUUGGACAUCCUUGAGUCUCCGAUGUUAAUAUUUUCCCUCUUACUUCUAUUGUAAUUAACAAAAAAUCGCCGCUAGUCCUCGCAAAUGUCGCAUAGGCGUUAGGCUGCUUCCACAGCACUUCGAUAGCACCACCAAAAAGACUAGUUGGAGUGUGUGUAUAUAAUGCUUUCUAUGUUUUGUCUUGUUCAGCUAACUGCACUGAGGCGGGGUGCUAACCAUUUAACAAGAAAUUCCGAGGAUUUGGGUUGGAAAGCAAAUGGGGCAGUAAUUUUUCGGAAAUUCUAGACUACCUCCAGAGGAUCGCCUCUUCUUUUGUUCGGAAUGGAACGGUGGAAAUUUCAUCACCAUUUGCUGAAUUCCCCAGUUUCCAGUCUCUCGUCGACGGAACAUAAUAACGACAAAACGAAUUACAAAUGGUAAGCGCAGCCUCGGUCUGUUAGUUUGCUGAAUUAUAAAAAUUCCUUAUCAUUAUUCAACGGUUAUCUCAAAAAGUUAACUGCGAUAAAAGGUAAGCACCCUGUUUUUAAACGAAGUUUUACUAAAAACAAAUUAUUUUCGCGCGCUCAUUAACAGAGACAACUUUUAUGCUAGCCACAACUUGGUUACGUUUCCACAGGCUACCCAUGAAAAGUUACCUCGUUUCUUACAAUCUUCAAGAUGGUUGCCAUUUAAACUAGAAGGGAGAGGUCAGCCUCGUACCCUGUUGCUAUUCACGUGUCGUUUAGGGGGAGAGAAAACAGUUGGAUACUAGGGUGGAUUAAGGCGCACGGGGUGUCAUGAGAAGGGUCGAAGGAAAAGUAGCUCAUUUUACCCGCCUCUUUCCAUAACGUCCCGCGCGUUCCACUCGAUCCAGACCGCUUUCUCUUUAAAACAAUCCAAUUUUUAAAAAAAAUUGAAUAGCUUCUGGGUACAAGUCUGGGGAAAAGCCCUCUCCCCUACUGAAACGGCAACCACCUUGCAGAUUACCGAAAGGGUAAUAAAGAAGUUAGCGCAAAUGGCGAACUCACGGCAGGACUAUAUGCGAGGAGCUUAAUUAAUAGAUCUUUUACAGUAUCUCUGUAAGUAAAUCUGGUCAUUUGUGUGGAGACAUUACCAAAUGAUCAUAAUUUCAUAAAAUUUACAGAAUUCAUGGAAUGUUGAGGUGAGUGUGACUACCACUUAGGUGAAAAUAAGAAGCUAUUACUAAGCAAUAAUAUUGAGUACUUUAACGCAAAUACGGAGUAAAGCAUUCAAACAAUGUAACAGUUUGGUAAUUGUUAAGUUUUUCCAUCCUAGUUAUACUGUUUUAAAGAAAAUUGGUAGAACCCAACUAUUGUAGGGCUGUCAAAGUGUAAUUAUGCAAUCAGAAGAAAGCAAAAAGAUCAUGACCAGAGCAGUCCGCCAGUGGAGCGAAAUCGUAUUUUUUAUGGUAUGAAAACCGAGUCAUAAGAACGGUUCAAAUAUUGACUGCUAAAAAGGCUGUCCAACGGCAAGGUAUAAAAUUUACCGUGUCAUAAUUACAAAGCCGCAGUUUGAGUCAAAAGCCAAUAUAAUCGAAAUAUAAGUCGGUUGCAACGGAUGUGAGUGACAGCUGAUUGUGCAAGACCCACGAGUGUCUCUUGAAUUAUAUUUUUACUCUCCACCAGGCACGUGCUCAGUAACAUUAUGAAAUACAUCUAUGUUUAGUCUCUUUAACUUCAAACCCUGAAUGAAAUCAUGUUGAGAUGAGGAGAACUUGAUUUGACGCUAUUAUUAUCUUGCUCGUAACAAGUUGAACUUCAAAAUUGAUUCGUAAAAUCGCGAAUGUUUGGUUAUAAGUGAUCUAUGAAGCCAAAACAAUAAGGUGGUCUACGAAAACAACUCUUUCAGCCCUUAAAUUUGUGCUGAAACCAGAACUUCCCUUUCUAGACGUUUCGUUCGCAACACUACUGAAACACGAAUAGCAAUUUAAAGUUCACAGUUGAAAUGUAUUUUCGACAAAGCGCACACGACCGGAUAGGAGCCGACGUCUUUGCCCUUCAGUGUCCAUUACAGAGUGGCCAAAUAUCCACCAUGUGGUGGAAACGCGGGUACAACAUCUUUUUUACAACGUGUUGUUCCAUGCGAUAUUGUUCUACCGCUUUAAGAGCCUCCUAAGCGGAAAAUGUGUCGAUGGAGUGGUCAAACCCGCGCUUCCUGUAAAUUACCAACCCCAUCGCAUUCACUGCUUUCCUUCUUUCCAAUGAGCGGG